AUGGCAUCUGAAAUACCAUCACCACUAAAGAAAUCAAUUCGUGCUGUUCUGUUAUCCAAGUUGGGUGGGGUGUUGGUCAGUCAGUUUGCUAAAGACUACAAAGCUUUAGUCCAGGAACAGCUACCUUUCAAGCGUCUUGGCUUUGAUAAUAUGGAAGAUUUUUUUACUGCCAUGCCUGAUGUCGUGAGAUUAGAAUAUUGCAAAAAAGACAUGGCUUAUCGAGUAUUUGGAAUAGGAGAUCCUGAAACUUACAUGUCAUCAUGGAUAAAAAAAUCCCAGGAUCCUCAAGCAGUCAGUCCCAGGUCAAGAAGAAAAGCAAAUAGAUCAAGAUCUGAAAAGAAACAAGCUAAUACAUCUGGUUCUGUACAUUAUGAUGAUGAUGAUGAUGGUCCUCAAAUAGAUGAUAACAAUCGAUAUUCUGUCAUGUAUCCCAGAAAGAAAACUCCAAACUUUACUGUAGAGGAUGUACAAUUAAAAUUUCAAGAUACAGGUGAUAUUGCUACAGUACAUAUAAUUGAAAGAUGGAUAUUUGUACGAUAUUGGAAGAGAGAGGAAGCCAUUAGAGCUUAUGAUAUGUUUCAUGAAGAACUUGGAGUUAAAUAUCCUACUUCAAAUAAAGUCAAAAAGAACAGUAUGAAUAAGUCUAAUAAUACUAGUAAUAGUGCCCAGAAUGGUGAUAUCAGUUCAUCAUUUGGUGCAUCAUUUGGAACUUCAUUUGGCACAUCAUUUGGUGGAUCAUUCGCGAGGAGAUGUGGAAUCAACAUCCUUUGGUGGUGCUAUAGUCGGUAG